AAUAAUUAAUAAAACCCUCUCCUUUGCAUUCCCUCUCUCACUCUCAGAUCCAGAUCUCCUUCCCUUCUCCGACGAUGCUCGGCUCCGGCGCCGGACCCAUCUCCGGCCUCCGCCCUCUCCUCUCCCGCACCCCUUCCCUCCGCCCCGACUCUCUCGGCCACACGGCUCUCCAUCUCAUCUCCAACCUUUGCUUCGCCUUCUUCGUCCUCGUCGUCCUCGUCUUCACUCUCCUCGCCGCCACCUACCACCCCGACGAUCCUCUUCUCCACCCUUCAUCCUCCCCUCUCACCUCCUUCCUCUCCUCCUCCUCCAAUGCCACCUUCCAUUCCGACCUCGACUCCGCCGUCCGCACCGGUGAGGAUUUCCUCCAACCUAACUCCACCUCAGAUUCCUCUCUCGAAGCCCCCGCCAUUGCCAUUGCCAUCGCCGACGCCUCUCCCACCGACGCUGAUGUCAUCCCUUCCGAGGACUGCUCCGCCCCCAUUGACUGCCUCCACCCCGAUGUCCACCAUCUCAUCAUGCGUGUCGCCAUUGAGCGCUUCCCCGAUCUCCAUUUCUACCGCUUUGGCAAACCCGUCCCUGUCCCCGGCUUCGAUUCCAACUGCGACAUAGCUUGGCGGUUCCGCCCUAAGGACGCUAAGCGCGCCUCGUUCUACAAGGAUUACCGCCGCUUCGUUCUCUCCCGCAACGAUAACUGCACCAUCUCCGUCACCCAGAUUGGCGAGUACCACUCUGGUGUUCUCGCCCGUCGGAAACGCAAGAAGCAAAGCUCCUCACAAAGUCAAGAUCAGGAACCGAAAGUGGAGCAGCAGCUGUCCGUGCCGGAAGUCGGCGAGGCGGUCAACGACACGCUGCCCAAGGUCGAGUCUGAGUCCGCCUUCAGCCGCGGGAAGUACCUCAUCUAUUCCGGCGGUGGCGAUCGGUGCAAGAGCAUGAACCAUUAUCUAUGGAGCUUUCUUUGCUCGCUCGGUGAAGCACAGUAUUUGAACAGGACCCUUGUUAUGGACCUUAGCAUUUGCCUCUCUUCCACCUAUACUUCUACGAAUCAGGAUGAAGAAGGGAAGGAUUUCAGGUUCUAUUUUGAUUUUGAGCAUUUGAGGGAUUCUGCUUCAGUGUUGGAUCAGAAAGAGUUCUGGAAUGAUUGGGGCCAGUGGCAGAAGAAGGACAAGCUUGGGCUUUACCUGGUUGAGGAUUUCAGAGUCACUCCGAUGAAGCUCGCUGAUGUCAAAGAUACAUUGAUCAUGAGGAAAUUCGGCAAUGUUGAGCCUGAUAACUACUGGUAUCGGGUAUGCGAAGGGGAGACGGAGGCAGUAAUCCAGCGCCCAUGGCAUCUCCUGUGGAAAUCUCGGAGAUUGAUGGAUAUUGUCUCUGCCAUUGCGUCAGGGAUGAAUUGGGACUUCGAUUCGGUCCACAUUGUCCGCGGUGAUAAGGCCAAGAACACUCAACUCUGGCCUAACCUUGCGGCGGACACCUCUCCUGAUGCCCUUCUUUCUUCGCUUAGUGAUAAGAUUGAUAAUGGGAGGCAUCUGUACAUUGCAACCAAUGAGCCUGAUACCGCAUUCUUUGACCCGUUGAAGGAUAAGUACAAUACGCACUUCCUUAAUGAUUACAAGGAUUUGUGGAAUGAGAAGAGUGAGUGGUAUGUAGAGACAAUGAAGUUGAAUAAUGGAGUGGCUGUAGAGUUUGAUGGCUAUAUGAAGGUGGAGGUGGACACUGAGGUUUUCUUGAGGGGAAAGAAGCAAAUUGAGACUUUUAAUGAUCUGACGAAAGAUUGCAAGGAUGGUAUCAAUACCUGCCCCUCUUCUACCUGAUUUGGAUAUUGCUUUGUUCGGUAAGUUGGUAAUUUUGAGGAGCUUCUCACGGUUUUAGUGGUUUAGAUAUCCGCUUUGUAUCUUAUCUAUCAAUGUUUAUCAAGAAAUUUUCUAGAUAUUGUUGUACUAGCCUAUGCCAUGCAUUUCAACCUGUUACAAAUUUGUUUUCUAUGAAACUUUUAGAGUAAUAUUUGAACUAGUUGGUGAGUGUUGAGUUGCCAAGUAUGUUAAUUUUGACUUUGUGAUAGCUAUUGAUGUUGCUUUCUGCU